GGCGCUCGGUCGGUGUCCGCCACUGUAAAGUUUCCCCACGCACACGCAGCGUAAAGGAAGCCGUGGCAGCGAGGCACAAUCAAUCGUACUUUCCUAACGAGUCACAUUCCUGAGUAAAGGGCUUCAGCAAACCUUGUUUCCAAAAAUGCCUCGCAUUGAGAAUGACAUCAAGCUGGACUUCAAAGACGUGCUCCUGCGGCCGAAGAGAAGUACUCUCAAAUCCAGGAGUGAGGUGGAUCUGAUGAGGAGCUUCACCUUCAGGAACUCAAAGGGCAGCUACAGAGGGAUCCCCAUCGUCGCUGCCAACAUGGACACCGUGGGGACGUUUGAGAUGGCCAUGGCUUUGCACAAAUUCACUCUCUUCACUACGGUCCACAAACACUACUCCGUCGAUGACUGGUUGGAGUUUGCGACUAAGCAUCCUGAAUGCCUGGAGAGUGUAGCCGUCAGCACAGGGACCGGUGACGGCGACUUUGACCGCCUUUCGGCCAUCGUGGCGGCGGUGCCGCAGCUCAAGUACAUCUGCGUGGACGUGGCAAAUGGUUACUCCGAGCACUUUGUCCACUUUGUCAAAGAUGUCAGGCAGAAGUUCCCUUCCCACACUAUUAUGGCAGGAAACGUGGUGACAGGAGAGAUGGUGGAAGAGCUGAUCCUCGCCGGGGCUGACAUCAUCAAAGUAGGCAUCGGACCAGGCUCUGUGUGCACCACCCGCAAGAAGACCGGGGUUGGUUACCCUCAGCUCAGCGCUGUGAUUGAGUGUGCAGAUGCAGCCCACGGCCUGGGCGGCCACAUCAUCUCUGAUGGCGGCUGUACCUGCCCGGGAGAUGUCUCAAAAGCUUUUGGUGCUGGAGCCGACUUCGUGAUGCUGGGCGGCAUGCUGGCCGGCCAUGCAGAGAGCGGGGGUGAGACCAUCGAGAAGAACGGCAAGAAAUACAAGCUGUUUUAUGGAAUGAGCUCUGACACGGCGAUGAAGAAGCACGCAGGAGGCGUGGCUGAGUACAGAGCAUCCGAGGGGAAGACAGUGGAAGUUCUAUACAAAGGUCCGGUGGAUGUGACGAUACGGGACAUCCUGGGAGGGGUCCGCUCCACCUGCACCUACGUCGGGGCAGGGAAGCUGAAGGAGCUGAGCCGCAGGACGACUUUCAUCAGGGUCACCCAGCAGCUCAACACCGUCUUUGGCAACGACAGCUGAACACACAGCUCAGUCGACUGAAACAAGUCUGCUACACUGCCUGUCUGACUCACAAAUGUUUUGAUGCUUUGGGCACCAGUCGUGUGUUAACACAAGUGAACAGACACAAACAUUAAUACUUACUUUUUUGAUACAGAAAUCUUAAUGGGAGUUUUAGGAAUAUUUUAGAAAUGUGGAGGCCCUGAAUGUUUCCUACAACGUGUUUCAAAUGCCAGUAAGAUGUAAGCUAGAGCGCUGAUGCUUCAGCUGUUUCCAGUCUCAUCAUUCCAACACAAGGACCUUAGUUGUUCUUCUUACUUUUACGUAAAUCCAAGGCUGUUCAGAAACAUUGUGACGACACGUUAAGCUCUGUGCCGAGAUCUUACUGCAAGCCUUUGUCACUGACCUAUAAACUUACAGAAAUGUCUUAAAUCAUUUUUAAAACCUAAGUGUGUAUGCAACUGUUGUAGCUAAUUAGAAACUCAACCAUUCCAUCUGUCAGGUUUUUGCACUUUAAUGAUUUAAAAAUUAGAUUAGAGAGUCUAGUAUUAGUCUAAAGGGAAUAUUUUACAACUGCAGUAUCACGUAUUCGUUCACCAAUUCAGAGCUCACAGUUCAUAUUAUUGAAGUGUUGGAUUCAUUGCAGAGGUGUUAUUCCAUACAAAUAUACUUUUUCCAUCUUUGGUUUUAGCUGCUCUUAAUAAAUACCAAAGUCUGUGUGGGCUUCUUUUGACCAUGUACACUUUCAAGAGGAUUUGUGAGCAAUAAUAGCCUUUAAAGUAAGUGGUCACUCCUCUGAAGUAGACUAGGAAGUAUGAAGACAACAUAGUUAAAACGUUUCAAACUGCUCCUGGGUGAUGUCUUUGUUAUUUUUUGUCGUUUUUAUGUUGCCAACACGAAAGUUCAAAUGCACAGUGUUCUCCUCACAUUUGAUCAAAUCAAUAAAAACAUCCCACAUCUUAA